CAUGCGUAAAUCCUGCGGAUCCCUGUCCGCUGUUACUUUUCCGCCUUGCCGACGAAGACUUCUCGUCUAAACAUUCUCACCUGAAAGGGGAUCGCUCAUCUCUCACCGAGCGCAGCAAACCCUCUGCUCCUGUAACGAUCAUCGGAGAAGACGGAGCGAAGAAGUUUCUCAUGGGUUGUCUUCUUGAUCUUUUGCGACGCAUUUUCUUCGGCGGAGAAGAGAACGAGGGUUUCGAUCGAUCGAAUGCAACAAGGACAAGUAGCACUCAUGGCGGAUACUAUCAUCGGGCGGACGACUCGCCGACACGAUCUCCGGCGCUGAUGUCAACUAGGAGGACGGCGCAAGCCUCGUCGUUUCCUUCAUCACUUACCGCUGACUCAUUCCACUUCGUCAAGCCCCAGCUUCCGGUGCAGCCACGUCAACCUUCGCUUGGAGCUUCUCCAUCUUUCUCGCAACCUCUGCCGUCCGAGGUUCAGGCAGCUCGCCCUCUUCCGUCCAAGCCGUCACCCACUGUCACCGACGCCGCCGAUCCCGUCAAGCGCCAGCAGCUGGUGAAUCCUUCCGAACCUUCGCUGAAAGCUUCUUUUCCUUCCUCAGGAGCUUCUCCAUGUUCCCCUUUGUCGUCUUUCAAAGCAAAUCCUCUUCCAUGGAAGUUACCUCCUCCACCUGCCGCCCCGUCGCAGUCGCGUUCCGCCGUCGCCACUGCCAAGCAUCAGCCCCCGUCUAAUCCCUCCGAACCAUCAUGUCGGGCUUCUCCAUCUUCCCCUUCGUCGUCCAAGGCAGCUACGGCAAGUCCUCUUCCAUCGAAACCGCCUUCUGCAUUUGCUACCUCGACGCAGUCGCCUUCCACCACGGUCACCGGUGCCACGCGCUAUGUCGACAAGCGUCAGCUACCGUCGAAUCCCACUGAACCCUCGUCAAAAGCUGCUGCAUCUUCGUCUCUGUCAUCCAUGGUCUCUGCAGCCAGCGCUCCUCGAUCAAAGUCGCCUUACGAACCUGUCCUCACCGUCCUAGUCGAUACCACUAGCCAAUUCACAUCCAAGAAUCCCCGCAAAUCUCGGCCAAACACUUCUUCUCCUUCGUCCAACGAUUCUGCAUCUUCUUCUCCUUUGUCAUCCAAGGCGUCUCCAGCUUCUCCAAUCCCGUCAAAAUCUUAUCCAUUUAGCCUCUCAUCACAGCCACCUGAAUCUGUCGGAAGAUCGCCGGGAACACCUGGAUCCAACCUAAAGCGCACGACUCCAAGAUACGACAUUCCGGAGCAUCUGCAGGUGAUGAUCAAGAGAGACAUAGUGCCGCCAGUUCUGAAGAUGCCAUUGUCUCCGCAGAAUUAUGCCGAAUACUUUGCAACCUUGCUUUAUGCAGAGGACUACGAGCAAGAGAAAUGGAGCGAUUAUUUACUGUCGGAAGUUACUCUGGACUUGCGGCCAAAGACCGAGUUUAGAACUCGGAACGCCGGACAAACCGGGAAGAGCAGUAAGAAACAGAACGAUGUCUAUCCCUUUGUAGCUUUCGAGAUCGACGCAGUUCCUGAGAGACGGCCUUAUCUUUUAUCAAGAGAUUAUGUCAUUCUGAAACCUUCAGGCAACACGGACGCUGUACCCUUUAAGGGAGUCAUCGUACGCGUGGUAAAGAGUACAACGGUACUGGCAGAAUUCGAAGGUGAUUUCCAUAAACAGCAUUCGCCGGCGAAGAAGUACGACGUGAACUUCUCCUUCAACAGAGUUUGCUUGAAAAGGUCUCAUGUGGCCGUCUCAGCUGCGGCAGAUCCUCUACUGUGCAAAAUCCUCUUCCCCGAUCCAACACCGCCGACCAAUUCCUCGUGCUCACCCAUAUUCCAGGCUUCACUAAACAUCAGAGAUUCCAAGAUUCGCACGUUGAGAAGGAUUCAGAACCUUGAAGGCCUUGUACCUUAUCUCAUCGACGGACCGCUUAUAGAUCAUCGACCUCUCAGUGACAUGGAGGCCGAAUCGAAUCUGAGCAUCACGGGAGCUCGAUCAAAUCUUUCUAUCACGGGGCACAUCAUUCGGGAAGCCAUCGUCCGGAUUUACAGGGCGUCCUCCGACUGCAGAAUACUUGUGUGCUCUCCCAGGAACAAGACGUGCGAUGCACUCAUGCAAAGUUUGUUCGACGAAAUCCCAGAGACGAAGUUGUUCCGAGCUUAUGCAGCCUUUCGAGACUGGGAGCUUGUGCCCGAGGACAUUAUGCCGACAUGCAUGUACGAAGGGGAGUGCUUCGUUUGCCCACCUCCCGAUGAGCUGCAGCAGUUCGCCGUGGUGGCGUCGACGUUCAUGAGCAGCUUCAGGCUUCACAGCGCCGGAAUCAGAGCCGACCACUUCACUCACAUUUUCCUGGUGGAUGCUUCGUCCGCCAUGGAGCCCGAAGCGACGGUUGCUCUCGCAAGUCUGGUUAGCGAGAAGACGGUCAUCGUAAUCACAGGUUCGUUGAACGACGGGCCAAAAUGGGUGAGAUCAGGAAUGGCACGGAGGAAGACUGGACUGAAGAGAUCUCUGUUCCAUAGGCUUCGGGAGCGAGAGCCCUACCGCAACAUCGAUCCUAUGUAUAUUAGCAUCCUCAGCCCAAACUAGCCGGAAAGCAAUAAAGGGUUGCCUGAGAUGAUAUAUAGAACUGCGGUGAUAGCGUUGUGUUACGUACGAGACGACGCUCCAAGUUGUUCUGUGGAGCGGCCUCUGCUCUCAUUGUAAUGCAGGGUGGAUGGUCCAGUUUAGUUAGGAGCGUCUCCUGAUCUGUCUUUACUCGAAAAUAUUAUUAGUAAUGCAAUAAAUAUAUAAUAAAUUCCUAA